CCUGAUCGCAUUGGCUUCAUCUCUCUUUCAAACGAAAUCUUCAAAGUCCUGACUCAAGCCCACAUCUGCAAGGAAAAAUUGCAAGAACAGAAUGAGCGAAUAGACAACAAAGCCAAGGAAUACGACUGUGUCACAGAAGAGGAAACUCUAAGCAGUAUCGAAGAAGGAAAAUUGCUUAAGUGCGACGAGGGAUAUGAGAAAGUCAUACAUCACGACGUCGAAGGAGAAAAUACCGAUACCACGGUCGCUUUGCAGAUUCCCCGUGUGGGGAUCCGAAUGGUGCCCAUGGUUUUGGUUGACAACCAGCCACCGCAGAAUAUCCCACUACCGACAUCGAAACGGCCCCUCGCAGCUGGAGAGUCUCUUAUUCAAGUUCACGCUGCUGCUCUAAACCCUGUCGACUACAAGCUAGCAGAGCUGCCAGUGGUUGGACGAAUGGCCAUCCCGAAACCAGCAACACCUGGGCUUGAUUUUGCUGGAAAGGUUGUCCAAGAAGGACCCGGCUGCAAUGUUAAGGUUGGGCAGAUGGUAUUUGGCAAACUCGAGCCAAAGCAACAGUUUGGCACACUCGGGGAAUACGUUAUCGGUUCAAAAGCUGGGACGGUGCCGAUACCUAGUGGCGUAUCUGUAGAGCAAGCAGCGACGCUAGGGGUUUGUGGACUUGUGACAUAUCAGUGUCUUGCUCCAAAUGUGAGAGCUGGUGAUCGAGUAUUCAUCAAUGGUGGUUCGGGAGGUACGGGAACAUUUGCCAUACAGAUCGCCAAAGCUUUGGGAUGCCAUGUUACUACAACCUGCUCAGGUGCAAACACCCAACUGUGCAAGGAUCUUGGAGCCGAUGAGUUGAUUGACUAUCGUGAAAACGAUGUUUCUACUCUUCUCGCAAGCAGCUCGAAGCACUAUGAUAUGGUUCUCGAUAACGUUGGCCACCAGUUCGAACUCUACUGGAAAUCUCCCUCCUUCACGAAGCCUGGAGCGAAGUACGUCCAGAUCGGGUCCCAGGUCAGCUUGCCCUUCAUAUAUGACCUCGCUUUCCGCUUCUUGGUACCCAUGUGGCUUGGAGGCGGGCAACGGCCGUUCUCAUUCGGUCUUGCUUCUACAGAUUACGAUGACUUCAUCAAGUUGGGCAAACUUGUCGCGGACGGCAAAGUGAAGCCUGUCGUGGACGAACUUUUUGCAUUCAACAAUGUACAUAGAGCAUACGAGAAGCUCAGGACCGGCAGGGCGAAGGGCAAGAUUGUAGUCAGGAGAGAUGUGAAUUGGCAAGACCUUCGAACUCGUCACGAUAGAGCUUUCAUGGCCGUCGUACCCGAUCUUGAGUCAAUUCCGCCAACUGCGCACGAUAUCACCUGGCUUGAUUACGAGAUCCCCGCCGUAGGGGCCAUCUUUCGCCAGCCGACUGGCAAUAGUAGCGACCAGGAUCUACUGGGUGCUAGGGAAAUUCCGUCCACAUUUGACCUUAGGCAGGUACGGAUGUGGCUCGAUGUAUGUCGCAGCGAGCAUGGUGACGCAUGCAAGCAACGCGCAUCAUACGAGCCUAUAACCCGAGGCUUUCGUCUCAUCAACUGUUCAAAAGAUCCUCCGGAGGUGGAGGAACAGCCAUGGGGGACACCAUAUGCAGCUCUAAGCUAUGUCUGGGGAUCUACCUCCGCGGAUCGGGACCCUUGGCCAGCGACGGUUAUGGACGCAGUCGAGGUCACACGCAAACUCAACUUCACCUAUCUAUGGGUGGAUCGGAGUUGUAUAAACCAAUCGGAUUUGGAUGAGAAAGGCUACCUAAUUUCGAGGAUGACGACGAUAUACGAAGCAGCGGAUUUCACGAUCGUAGCAGCGGCAGGAAGCGGUGCUAGCCAUGGUCUCCCUGGGGUACGGUCGACACCCCGCAGACCGCAACCAAAGUACUAUGUCGAUAGCGGAAGCUUACUCUUAUCAAUACUUCCUGAUCCCCGGCGAGAAGUGAUGCAGUCGCAGUAUUGGACUCGUGGCUGGACUUACCAAGAAGGGGUGCUUUCCAAUCGCCGCAUUGUUUUCACCGAACACCAGACCUACUGGGAAUGUCGCAGUAUGGCGUCUCACGAGAGCGCAGACAUAACUCUGUUCCAUACACCUGCAAGCCUCAAAGAUGAUUCUAAUUAUCUUCUGGUCGACUUCUUGCUUACUGGCAUAUUCAAAGGAGGUGCUUUCAGUGGAGGUAGCAAUGCGCACCAAGAUGAUGCUGUUAUCUCCAACGACGAGGAAUAUCGGCUUGACUAUGGGUUUCCAGUGGUUAAUGAGAUCAAUGUUAGAGCGCAACUGCGAGGGCUGGCUGAUCACAUGCGUGAAUUCACUAAGAGGCGCUUGACGCAAGACACAGAUAUCCUGCCAGCAUAUUGCCAUAAAAUGCUUCUACGUCCAGCACGCACCUGCACACGGUCACUCCACACACCAACACGCGCAUUUGCGGCCCGACAAUCCAUAUACCCACCGAACGACGCUUUCCGAAACCGGCAAAACCUAGUUCCUGAAUUUUCGACCAAACAGUCAUCACUGAAUCUGAGCAGACGAUUCAUAGCAACCUCAGCACCUCGACUUCAACAAAUUGGCUCCGCAGAACGGAUCUCAACAUCCAAGAUGGCAGGUGACGACCACUACCUUACUCUGUCCUGCCCCGAUAAAGCAGGCAUUGUGUAUGCUGUCACGGGUCUCUUAGCGAAGGAAAACCUCACCAUUCUGGAUCUACAGCAAUUCUCCGACCCAGACUCCAAGACUUUCUUCAUGCGCGUCCAUUUUGGACACUCCCCUGAUGUCUCCGCACUACAAGAUAGCAUGAAAAAGCUCGCCUCGGAGAUGAGCAUGACGUACCAGAUCCAGCGGGUAGACGCAAAGCCUAAGGUCCUUAUCAUGGUGUCCAAGAUCGGCCAUUGCCUCAACGAUUUAUUGUUUCGCGUCAAGUCUGGUCAACUUAAGGUGGAUGUACCAAUCAUUGUAUCCAACCACCCCGAGUUCGCUGAACUAGCAAAGAACAACGGUAUCGAAUUCCACCACCUACCCGUAACCAAGGAUACCAAAGAGAAACAGGAGACACAGAUAUUGGAUUUGAUCAAACAACACAAUAUCGAUCUCGUGGUUCUCGCACGCUACAUGCAAGUGCUCUCGCCCCGUCUGUGUACAGAAAUGUCGGGCAAGAUCAUCAAUAUCCAUCACUCUUUCUUGCCUUCUUUCAAGGGCGCGAAACCGUACCAUCAGGCUUAUGAGCGUGGUGUUAAGAUCAUCGGGGCAACCGCACAUUUUGUUACAGCGGAUUUGGAUGAGGGACCAAUAAUUGAACAGCGCGUUGCGAGGGUUGAUCAUGCUUUGAGCCCCAAGGAAUUGGUGGAGGAGGGAAGCAAUGUUGAAAGUCAGGUCUUGGCUGCGGCGGUCAAGUGGUGGAGUGAGAAGAGGGUAUUUUUGAACGGUCAGAAAACCGUCGUGUUCAACUAG